UCUUCCCUCUCUCUCUCUCUGUCUCUCUCUCUCUCUUAAAACGUCAUCCCGUUUUGAUGUCCCUCUCCCUUCUCACUGUUCUGAAGAGCAGAAGAACCGAGGGCUUGAAAGUUCAGACAAGUCCUGGAUUAUGAAAUUUACAAACAGCUCCCUGGAAAAUUACAGAAAGGUGCUUCUGAAAAAUUACUGAAAGGGUGUGAGUUUUGCUGUUGGGGAUGGUUCGGGAUCAGAUUCUGGGAGAACGAAUGGUGCCCCACUUUGUGAUUGUUUCCCUUCUCUGGCCCGUCUUGGUUCUAUUGUCCAUAUCUCAGUGGCUAGUUGCUUCUUAGCUGAUGGGAACAGGGGGUUUUCAUACAUCUUCAGGAGCUGUCGAUUCUCAGGUGUGGUUGAAAGAUAAAUCGGGAUCAUUCUCCGUGAGAUCCUUCUACAGGCUCGUGCCUCAGCUCUGGAACUCUGCCGCCUGCUCCCAUACUGGUCCAGUCUGGUCCCAUGGCGCCCCUCCGAAGGUGGCGACUUUUGCAUAGUUUGCUGAAAAUGGAUGAACAAGGAGCCACUGCUGCGGCAGGUGAUACAACUUGUGUUGAAAGUGGUCGGGAUGAUGUUACGAGCAAGGGGUCAUUAGAGAAGACGGAAAGAAGCUCGGGCGGCGGCAGUAAUGGUGACUUGCUGCCAAAGGGAAAUCCGCAUGCAUCUGAGGAAUCCUCACACUUUCAAGGAACACCAAAUAAACUGCAAUCGAUGGUGCAGAUAGAUUCAGGUGGUGAUGUUGCUACAUCGAAUUGUAGUGGACGUGAAGAAGCAUGUAGUAUGGGGAAUCUUGUUACAGGUGACUUUUGUUUGUCACCACAACUGAGGGAGCUCAAGAGCCGCAUCUUUGCUGCUCUGCCUCAAGACCCACAUUACCUCCCGCUCGCGAAUUAUAGUAGUAUAGUCCGUGAGGGAAUGAUCCUGGGCCUCGAUUUGGCUUUUGUUACAGUUUUUGAAGAAAUCCGUCAAUUGGGUCCUCAUGAUUUCGCCUCCAAAAUAGAGGAUUUGACAGAGAGAUUGUCCCAACUGGAGCAAAUGGGCUACAAUGUGCGGAAGCUGAGGCAACACUUGGAUAAUCUUCGAGGAAUUGCCGAACGCAAUCGAGCCUCUCGAGAUGCAGUUGCAAGGUUGGAAGCUGACGCUAGAGAUCGAGAGGCCAAACUGCACUCCGCUGAAGGUAAUGUUUCCAUGUUGGCUUCGUGUGUUGCCGUGCUAGAAGCAGAAAUCAAGAGGUCCAAGGCGGAGAUUGAAUCUGAACGGGCCAUCAUAACCAAUCGGCAAUCUGAAAUCAUCAACCUUCGAUCAGAGGCUGAAACACUGAGGAAACAUCUUUGCAAUGUAGAAUCCGAGUUUGCGUCUGCCGCCCAAUCACUUUUGUAAUGAAGCUUAUGCCAAGGUGGGUCCUUCAGAUUUAUCUACAUGUUUUCUUUUAGAACUGAACAAAUGAGCUUUACUUUUUUGGAAGGAUAAUCUGGUGCAAAAUGCCUAUAGCGACAUUUCACUGUUGAUGAACCUUGUACCGUUUGAUCAAGACUGAGCAGUAAUGAGAAGUAAGCCAGUUUGAUUGAUCAUGGUCAGACAAGUGAUAAGAUUCACUCAUGGUUGAUCAUGGUCAGAUCUGUUUGCAUGUAUAAA